CUCCACAGCGCGCAUCUCUCCGGCUCUCUCGCUCUCUCACUCUUCCACUCUCUCUCUCUCUCUCUCUCACUCACUCCAGCCGCGAUGGGUGCCGGCUUGCUCUUUUGGAAAUACCGCUCGGUGCUAUUUCUGCUCUACAUAGCGGUAGUUAUUUCCUGGCUACACCUGGGAUCCGCAGUUCCUGUCCAAAACGGAGCGCCGCUGUCCAAGAUGUACCCCAGGGGAAGCCACUGGGCUGUGGGACACUUAAUGGGAAAGAAAAGUAAUGACUUUCCUCUUGGGUAUGGAGAGGAUGAAGACAAAGCAGCGUACUUAAGCAAACCUGAAGAUGUCAAGCAAAUCGAAAGUUACUUACAAUGGUCUGAGCUUGUUAAAAAUGUGAUCCGAGUGCUCGAAGGAAGUGAUGUCAGAGAGGCUAAGAUUUUGAAAGAUGAGAAUCUACUCAACAGGAAAAAAACAUGGGGUUCUGAAGACAACGUGAAGGAGCUGACGGAUUAUUUGCUGCAGGUUCUGAACAUAAAGGACAACAACCCAAGUUGAAUGAAGACUAAACUCUGCGCUCCUGACUUUAAAGGACUUUCGUUUUACAAACAUUCAAAUGUAAUUAAUGCUGGAUAAACUGCUUUUGUGAUGAAAUAUUCAUUCUUACUGCAUACCUUGCCUUUAGCCUGGCUCAUUUUGAUGUAAUAAUUUUGAGGUUUGGGUUAACUUAUUUAUUUUUGUAUACUGUAUCAUCUUUUAUGGAUAUCCUAUUAUAAUGAAAAUAGAAUGUACUUCUGUCUGUGUUUCCUUACUGUCCGUCUCAUGUACUUCGUCUCUGUGAUGAUGUAACUCAGUCAGUAAAUGAACAUA